GCGAGGGUGGCAGUGGGCGCAUGAGGAAACAUGAGGAACCACUGGGCUGGGGAAAGCACUCCCACCUGCGCUAUCGACAAAGACAGUCGAACAAGAACCUGGGCUUGCAGUUUCUCAGGCCGAAGAUAGCGAAGGCUAGUUGUGGAGGAGGCUUCAGUGUCGUCAUGAGCACCGAGGGGGAGGUCUUCACCUUCGGAGUCAGUGCAAGUGGCCGACUGGGAUUCCGGACAAAGUUUCGAGCGCA